GUUUGGCAGUGGAAUUUGCUACCAUGGAAUGUGGUGGAGUCUCCUUCUUUGGAGGUCUUUAAGCAGAGGCUUGACAGGCACAUGUCAAGAAUGCUUUGAUGGUGUUUCCUGCUUGGCAGGGGGUUGGACUGGAUGGCCCUUGUGGUCUCUUCCAAUUCUAUGAUUCUAUGACCAAACUGGGGAAGGAAAGCAUGAUCUCCUGGGAUCAGAAAGAUGGGGUCGAAAUGUCAAUAAAGAUCUAGUUCGGUGAAGAGAGAGGCGGGAGAUGGAUGGGGAAGCCUUUCCCCGUGGCGGUAGGGCGGCAGGGGCUGCGCUCAGCCUGACCCCGGUGGAGAAUUUGCUAUUUGCUUUUUCCCAUCUCCCUCCCUCUCCCUCCCUCUCUCUCCCCCCGAGGCGAAGCUGCUGCGGCUGACAGCAUGACUAGCAGGCAGGCGAUUGUCUGGCUCGGCUGUGUUUAGUCUGCGCCUUCGCCGCCGCCUCCUUCCCCGUCUUUCGCUCCCAUUUGGAAAGGAGAGCGCGAGAGAGAGCGCUCCUCUCCAAACCAGCCGCCGCGGACGCGCGUCCCGCCGCCUUCAAGGGGGGCUUUAUACGCCUGCCACGUCCUGGGGAGCAUGCCUGAGCCCCGGGGAGAGCAUCCGUGCACCCCGGAGAGGGAUCGCCGAUAGCCGAGAAACACUCCCGCCAUGUCCCUGAACCAGCCCAGCAGCAGCGAUGCGUGCCUGAGCAUUGUGCACAGCCUGAUGUGCCACCGGCAGGGCGGGGAGAACGAGUCGUUCGCCAAGCGGGCCAUCGAGAGCCUGGUCAAGAAGCUGAAGGAGAAGAAGGACGAGCUAGAUUCCCUCAUCACGGCCAUCACCAGCAACGGCACACAUCCCAGCAAGUGCGUCACGAUCCAGCGCACCCUCGAUGGCCGCCUGCAGGUGGCCGGGCGCAAAGGCUUCCCCCACGUGAUCUAUUCCCGCUUGUGGCGCUGGCCGGACUUGCACAAGAACGAGCUCAAGCACGUCAAGUUCUGCCAGUUCGCCUUCGACCUCAAGUACGACAGCGUCUGCGUCAACCCAUACCACUACGAGCGGGUGGUGUCUCCGGGCAUCGGACUGAACAUCCAGAAUACAGGUGAGAUACAAUCCUGCUUUGUUUUUCUGGAUGAUGGCCUAGGACAGGACUGGGGGUGGACCUCUGACCUUCCAGCACCUCCCCCACGGCUUGUGAAAGAGGAAUUCAUUCCCGACUGUAUCCAGAUGGAGGUCCCGCCUCCUCCCGCGGCAGAUCACCCAGGCCCUGUGAUCAAGUCUGGCCACCCUCAGGCAGAGCCCUACCAGCCCUUAUCGCCCCUGCAGCUUCCGGAACCACCCCAUCCUACUGCCGGCAUCUAUCCCGCAUUGCCUUUAUCUCCCCCAGGCCCUCCUGGGGGGCCCCUGCUCCCUCUCCUUCAUAAUGAGGGUCUUCUUCAGAUCUCCAGCCCCUCGCACCCCCCAGCCCCUUCUCCGGCUCCCCCGAGCUCCCAGCAAAAUGGGUGUGCCCCCAAACUGCCCUACCAGAACUCGGCAACCAGCUGGACAGGGAACGGCAGCACCCCAAGCUACAGCUCCGGUGGGAGGAGCCAGGAGCCCACCCCACCUCCGCUCCCCACUCCCCAGCAGCAGCAGAACGGACGGAGUUACCCUCAGCCUCCUCUUCACCAUUCAAACCAUUACUGGCCUGCUCAUCACGGUUCUCCUCCCUACCAGCCGCCAGUCUCCAGUCACCCUGGCCCUGAGUUCUGGUGCUCGAUCGCCUAUUUCGAGAUGGACGUGCAAGUGGGCGAGAUCUUCAAGGUGCCCGCCAACUGCGCUGUGGUCACUGUCGACGGAUAUGUGGACCCUUCGGGCGGCGACCGCUUCUGCUUGGGGCAGCUCUCAAACGUCCACCGCACCGACACCAGCGAGCGCGCCAGGCUGCACAUUGGGAAAGGAGUCCAGCUGCAGUGCCGUGGUGAAGGCGAUGUCUGGAUGCGGUGUCUGAGCGACCACGCCGUCUUCGUGCAGAGCUACUACCUGGACCGGGAGGCUGGGCGUGCUCCGGGGGACGCUGUGCACAAGAUCUACCCUGGCGCCUACAUCAAGGUCUUUGACCUUCGCCAGUGCCACCGCCAGAUGCACCAACAAGCAGCGACAGCGCAGGCGGCAGCGGCGGCUCAGGCGGCUGCUGUGUCAGGGAGCAUCCCUGGGCCUGGCUCCGUGGGGGGCAUCGCACCAGCUGUGGGCCUCUCGGCGGCGGCCGGCAUUGGCGUUGAUGACCUCCGCCGCCUGUGCAUCCUCCGGCUGAGCUUCGUCAAGGGCUGGGGGCCGGACUACCCCCGCCAGAGCAUCAAGCACACCCCCUGCUGGAUCGAAGUGCACUUGCACCGUGCCUUGCAGCUGCUGGAUGAGGUCCUCCACACCAUGCCCUUGGCUGACCCGGGCUCCAUCAACUAGAUUAAAUUGCGAGGCAAGGAAGACGGAGCGGUUCUCGCCGAUCCCGCAGCCUCUGGAGUUUGCAGAGGGGCUAGGAUUGCCGUCGGCGCUGCGAAGGAGACUCUGGCCCCCAUGCUCAUGAAAGCAGUGGAGGCAUUUCCCCUGGGGUCCCUGAAAGGACCGAGGGGGCGGAAUUUGCCCUUGAACAUGCCCUGCCACCUUUCGAGGGGGUGCCGCGACUUUCUCUGUUCCCAGACCAGCGGCGGAAUGAAUGACUUCGAAGGGUCUCACCUUUCUUGCCAUCUCAAAGGACUGGUCCUUUUCUCGCCAGCUUUUCUCUUCCGGGUCUCUCCUGAGCGCCAACGACCCGGUUGCGGCUCGGCUGAGCAGCUGAGAAUCGCCAGAGAAUCACCAUCCCCACAUCUGAAAAUCUGGCUCUUAGAGAGACAUUCUUCUAGGAGCCAGUCCUACCAGUAGGCGGAGGGAGGCAGGUGCCUCUCAGGUAGCAAAUGCUUGGAGGCGGGGAAUGGCAGUGAGGAUGUGUGAGUGCAGAGCUGGACUUGCAGCCUGGGCUCCUUCCCAGCCCCCCUAAGCUGGCUUGCUGCCCUAGGAGAGGAUGGUGUCCCACUGCCGGCAUUGAAGAGAAAUCCAACCACGGGUGAUGCUUCCCAGCACGCGAAAUGGAGGGAGCCAUAUUGUCCUUUGCCCUGACGUGCGAUGACAUAUUUGGCCAGCUCUGAUUUUUAUGCUUUAAAUCCCCAAAUGGAGGCUGCAAUAUAUUACUGUAUAAUUCAGGGGUCAGCAAACUUUUUCAGCAGGGGGCUGGUCCACUGUCCCUCAGACCUUGUGGGGGGCUGGACUAUAU